AAGAGCCCAUCAUUAAACCCCCGAUCACGUGACUCCCACUUCGGCUCGACUGGUCACAUCCGGUUCCGAGCCGGUCAGUACCUACUGUCCGCGCCUCAUCGUUAGCAGCGCCGCAACGGUCCCUAUCCAGGACACGCGUAGCUCCCCCAUUGGACGUACUCUCAGGACUCUCCUCUCUUUUAACCCGGGUAAUACCGGGGAGCCCAGCGAUGGUACCAGCUCCCAGCCAAUCCAUCCGUCAAACGGAACAAUAAAGAACUUGUUGUUAUCAGAUUUGGGCCGCCAAGCGCUUAACCUCUUCCCUUCUACCCUGCCAUCGCUGCACUUCUCCACAUGCCCCCGCCUAUGCCCUUUUUUAUUUGUCCGUGCCAAUAAAUAGCGAUUGAUUGAGAAAGUUGAUAGAGGUUGAGAGUUCUGUGCGCUGAUUGCGCCAUCGAUCCCCAUUCUUCCCGCCGCGUUCCUUAGCGUUUCGGCCGGCACGUAAUGGCGUCUCGGCCGGCACCCUUUUUGCUGCUGAUACUGCUCCUGGCGACGUCGCUCCGGCCAGCCGCCGCCGAGCACGACUACGCCGCGGCGCUCCGGAAGAGCAUCCUCUUCUUCCAGGGCCAGCGCUCCGGCAAACUCCCCCCCGACCAGCGCCUCAACUGGCGCUGUGACUCCGCCCUCCACGACGGCGCCGCUGAUGGGGUACGCAUCGCUGCACGAUCGACGGUGGACUUAACGGGCGGGUACUACGACGCGGGGGACAACGUCAAGUUCGGCUUCCCGAUGGCCUUCACGGCGACGCUGAUGGCCUGGAGCAUAAUAGACUUCGGGAAGAACAUGGGCCCGCAAUUGACGGAAGCCGUCAAGGCCGUCAAGUGGGCAACGGACUACCUCCUGAAGGCGACGGCCGUCCCCAACGUCGUCUACGUCCAGGUGGGCGACGCUUUCCGCGACCACUCCUGCUGGGAGCGGGCCGAGGACAUGGACACCCCCCGGACCGUCUACAAGGUCGAUCCUGCCCACCCCGGCUCCGACGUCGCCGGCGAGACCGCCGCCGCCCUCGCUGCCGCUUCCAUCGUCUUCCGCGACUGCGAUCCCGCCUACUCCCGCCGCCUCCUCGACCGCGCCGUCUCCGUGUUCGAGUUCGCGGACAAGCACAGGGGAGCGUACAGUAGUAGCCUGCACAACGCGGUGUGCCCCUUCUACUGCGACUUCAAUGGAUACCAGGAUGAGCUGCUGUGGGGAGCGGCGUGGCUCCAUAAGGCGUCUCGCAGGCGGGAGUACCGAGAGUACAUCGGGAGGAACGAGGUGGUGCUGCACGCCGGGGACACCAUUAACGAGUUCGGUUGGGAUAACAAGCACGCCGGUAUUAAUGUCCUAAUCUCCAAGGAAGUUUUGAUGGGGAAGGAUGAUUACUUGCACUCUUUUAAGCGAAACGCCGAUAGCUUCGUCUGCUCCCUCCUCCCGGGAAUCUCCCAGCACCCUCAGAUCCAAUAUUCCCCAGGUGGGCUGCUGUUCAAGACGGGAGGCAGCAACAUGCAGCACGUGACCUCGCUCUCCUUCCUGCUCCUGGCUUAUUCCAACUAUCUCAGCCACGCCAAUGGCCAUGUGCCAUGUGGCUCCUCGUCUGCCACGCCAACCCAGCUUAGACGAGUGGCCAAGCGGCAGGUGGAUUAUAUUCUGGGGGAUAAUCCGCUGGGGAUGUCGUACAUGGUGGGGUACGGAGGGAGGUAUCCGCGGCGGAUCCACCACCGCGGGAGCUCGCUGCCGUCGGUGAGGGCCCACCGGGGGAAGAUCGGGUGCAAGGAGGGGACGAAGUACUACAUGAGCCCGGCGCCGAACCCGAACGUGCUGGUGGGGGCGGUGGUGGGCGGCCCCACCAACAUCUCCGACGCCUUCCCGGACGCCCGCCCGGUGUUCCAGCAGUCGGAGCCCACCACCUACAUCAACGCCCCCCUCCUCGGCCUUCUCGCCUACUUCUCCGCCCACCCCACCAUCCUCUCCGAUUAACUAAGAUGACGGCAACUUCCAUAUUUGGCUGGCUCGGUGUGUGGCAGCAGUGUACUGUCGUUACUGGGUCUCUGGGUGUGGCCAUGUGGGUGCUUUUAUUGUUAUUGUUCUAGCUUUCUUUCGUUAGAGCGAUUCAUUUAUUGAACCAUAAAUGGGCGAUUUCAUUUGUGGUCUUUUUUUUUUGUAUUUUAGAAUUUGUGUACUAUAUAGGUUCUAUGCUUUUUCUCCUGAUUGGUAAUGAUAUGAGUGUCAAAUGGGUCUGA